AUGCCAAAGCGACCACGCUCACAUUCACAGACAAUGCCGAGACCAACACCCACCCGCCUCGCGCCGCUCGUCGUCUCCACUUCGAGUCUCCUCCUCAGCGCCGGGUUGAUGACUACGCUCUGGGUGUGGACGACCGCGCUCGAGAGGGAGCUGGCGAGUGACGUAGACGUCGAUAUGGACCAGUCGGCGGUCAUUGCUUGGUGGGUCGGAGAAGCAGGACUCCGAUGGUCGCUCAUCUCGGCGGGAGGGAGUCUCUGUGGUGUCCUCGGUCUCGUCAUGCGCAAGUCGAAACUCCACCGCGUCUUUGCCGUCACGACAGCGACCGAUCUCGCCAUCUCCAUCCUAUUGACCCUGACCCUCUCGCUCCUCACCUUCUCGCCGUCCCUCUCGACUCCCUUCGGCAGCUUCCUCUGCUCCUCCGCCUUCGCCUCCGACUACUCCACUUCUUCCGCCUCACUCCUCUCGGGCCGAAGCGAGCAAACCUGGUCGACCUGGUCGAACGGGAUCGAGUUUGUCCUCUGGGGCGUCGAGGCGUGCGAAGAGGCGUGGCAGACAGCGAUGGUACUCGUCUUGAUCGGAUGCGUCGUCACUGUCGCGCUGAGGAUCUACGGGACCUGGGUCACGUGGGAGGUGAACGCGGAUUUGAGGGAGGGGGAGUUGAGAGAUGCGGGAGAGGGGUGGGUCGAUGUGGGCGAGCUGGAGGAGGUUGAGCUCGGUGGUGGAGAGCAGAAGACUCCGUUGUUGCUCGAAGAGGCAUUCGGCAAGCCUAGGUCGUCAUCCUCGUCCAGCCGGCGUCUCAGCUUCUCCUCCUCGAACCACGAUCGACGGAGCAACACCCUUCCUCUGCCGUACGCGCUCGAAGGACACAAGCGUUCGCGGUCCAACACGAUCGCGUUCGGCCAAACCGACAAGCGACGACCGCAACUCGUCUUCGUGCCGGUCAUGUUUGAUGCGCACGGCCAACCCGUUUGCCAGCCUUCUUCGCCUACUUUCGCCAUGCCUCACUACGCAUCUCCACCUCGCUCGCGCGCCAGUACCCGCUCGUCGAACCUCUCUCCGUCGCCGUCCCGAUCGACCCGUCGUCCGCCUUCGCUCGACAGCCGCUCGACCUCCUCGAGUCCACCUCGCCCGUCACCUCCCGCUGUCUUCACCGCCGAACCAGCCGACAUGAUCUCCCCGCCAAGGUCUCCGACGUGCCAGAGCACCUGCACCGCGAGCGCCGACGAACGGACGAACCGUCGCCUCCGGUCGAAGAGCGAGAACGACCACGUCUUUACCUCGCCCGUCAUUCCCUAA